UCAUUUCAUCCUUAUUAUUAGAAAGUUGAAGCAAAUUAAACACUGGAAUGCAUGGUUCUUCUUUAAUACUACACUGCGUUAACAAAUCUGUUGCCGAUCCUUCACUCGUUCCUCAUCGAAGAUCUCCUCGUUUCUUCGCAGGGAUUCCGGGAAGCUCGCGGUUGCAAACUCGCAAUAGGAGUGGAGGCCGUAACCGGAUCCAAACGCCGACUUUUGUGCUUCCCUUUUGUGAACGUCCAAAGGACUCUUGGGAAAUGACAUCUGAGAGGGACGUGUUUAGCAUAUCAGGACCUAUUCACCUGAGCUCUUCUUUAAACUGGAAUUGCGCGCAUCAUCGAAGAUCUGUUGCUGCCUGUUUGGUUCAGAGUGUAUAUAUCCUAGAGCGUGACAGGCAAGAACUUCGCGAGGGGCCAGAAGCUCUUGGACCUGCUUGGUGGGAAUCCUUCCAUUUUGAACUGAGUCGCAAGCUUGUUGAUGAUGCUGAUUUUUCCAUCUUUGGUGCUAUUUUUGAAUAUAAGCCUCCAACUUACAUUGCUACUAUUGCCAAUGCUCCAAGGUUUGUCAUAGCCUUCCGUGGCACAAUCAUUAAGGUAGAGUCAGUAAACCGGGAUCUUGCGCUAGAUUUGCAUCUGAUGAAAAAUUCCCUCCAUCAGACCACACGAUUUGAACUCGCAAUGCAAGCUGUUCACAACAUGGUUGCAGCUGUUGGAAGCUCAAAUAUCUGGCUUGCCGGUCAUUCUUUAGGGUCGGCUGUGGCUUCUCUUGCCGCAAGGAACAUGGCGAGGACCGGCACCCUUCUCGAGGCAUAUCUCUUCAACCCACCAUUCUUCUCAGCUCCAAUCGGGAAGAUCAAAGAUCAGAGGGUAAAGCAUGGAAUUCGACUUGCAAACAGCUUGGUCACUGCUGGUUUAAGUUAUGUUCUUAAAAGCCGACAAGAGGAGUCUUCAUUAGAGGUUCCCUUCGUCACUUUGUCCUCAUGGGUGCCAAAUCUAUUUGUUAAUCCUAGUGAUCAUAUCUGUUCGGAGUAUAUUGGGUAUUUUGAACAUCGUAGAAAUAUGGAGGAUUUGGGAGUUGGAAUCAUUGAGAAGUUGGCAACCCAGAAUUCAUUGGGGGAUAUAUUCCUUAGAGCAAUUGGGAAGGAGUCUGAUCCGCUGCACCUUCUGCCAUCAGCAAAGUUAACGGUCAAUUUAAGCCCCUCUCCAGACUUCAAAUGGGCGCAUGGUAUUCAUCAGUGGUGGAGACCUGAUUUACAUCUACAAACAAGGACAUAUCUCUAUAGUUGAUAUCUGCCUCAGAAGCUUAUACUGUUGCUUCGUUUUUGGGGUUGGAGCAGGAAUCAAACAUAAUUGUCUGAUGUUGAGCUGAAGUUGUGGCAUUAGCUACAUUGUCUACUCUGUACCGGGAAAGACAUUGGGUCAUUUUUUCCCUAUUAUUUGAUAUUAUUUUUGCCUAUUUGGUUUCUUUUGUUUUUAUAUUGUAUUUAUAUCUAUUGUGAGUUUAAGAGGAGUUAAGGUAUCGGCUAAUGCUGAUUUGGCUAUUUCAAACAUAUUAGACUCUCCAACUUUCUCCAUUAAUGGUUUGUUAGGUCACCUGUAGUGUUUGGGAGCAUUCUGAAGUGCAUGUAAAGCAAUCUCAUUGUUUACCAAAAGGUCAAAUAGUGUAUA